AUGGUCUACAGCCUGUACCAUGAUAACAUCGCAGAUUCGGGGGAGAUUGCUGAACUUGACUCUGUAGAUAUCUUCGACCUGGCGUCAUAUGCCUCAGCAAAGACCAACGGCAGUUGGUACACGCAAUUUACUGCUGACGAUAUUCCCCCAGCGCUCAUCGACUCGUGCACUGUUUUGGCCUCAGCGCCUGACAACUCAUCGCACAGCAUUUAUAUGUAUGGAGGAUGGGAUCCAACGGCGACAGACAACAGCACGACGUACUUUGACGAUACGCGCAAGCGUCACAUUGGCACCAAGACGACCGGACGCUCAGGCAACGCAGCGGAGCCGUCAUACGAAUUCGAAGAGAAAGCAAAAUUCGAACUUUCACACAACGAGAAGCAAGUUUACGAGAUGGCUGGAGAAGAAUACAUGCACAUGGCGAUAUAUGGAGCCGUAAGGGUUGAAGCUGAUACGUCGAACAUCUUUAUCGACGUGGCUGAGCUGCCUGCACUAAACUUUGGCGAGAAAGAUGGCGUUGAUGCGAACAAGAAGGCUGAACGUAGCAAGGAAGUUGGAAGUGGUGUCUGA